GGUCAGAGCUGUGCCUUCUGGUGGUGGUGGUGUUGUCCUGAGCUAUGGCCGAGGGACCCGGACCCCGACCGGACGUUGCGCGGCGCCUCGACCCCCAGACCCUGAGCCCCGAACAGCUCCGGUCUGUGCGCAGCGCCGAGACAGCGCUGUGGACCCGGAACCUCCCGCAGCGCCGCACCAGGAACCUGAUCACCGGCAUCGCCAUCGGGGCCAUCGUCCUCGGCAUCUACGGAUACACGUUCUACGCCGUGUCGCAGGAACGGUUUCUGGACAAACUGGAGGAGGAAGCGAAGGUGGCGCGAGCGAGAGCCAGCCCCAGCGGUUAAACAGCAACCAAACCAGGGCGGGGGGGUGAGGGUGGGGGGUGAGGGUGGGGGGUGGGGAGGGGGAGAACCUGCCUGACCAUAGCGCGUGCGGUCGAAAGCAUUCCAUUCUCGGAGGAAGACGCCGGAUUUGGGGAAAGUAUUCGCUGUCUUUGCCGCUGUUAACCGGAUUUUGCGAUGAUUCCGAUGCUGAACAUCUGACAUAAAAACCGAAAGUUAUGUA